AUGAUAACGGCGACAGACGAGGCAUCAUUUCUGCAGCGCCUGGGAAGCGGGCGAGCAGACCCAUUCAAUUCCUACCCAAUUCUCGCCACACCAGACGUGCACGAAUUGGUUGAUCACUUCUACUUUGUCAUCCCUUCACUUGUCCACAAAUACUGGGAAAGAGCAGCUCGCCGACCUCGAGCGUGCUGGGAUCUAUUCAACCUCUAUCGCAUGCACGAGAUCCCCUUCCUGGGCAUGCUGCACCACGCAGCGCAUCAUCUGGCCAGCAUGAGAGGGCAAAACGAAUCCUUGCAAGUAAUCGAGUUCAAGCAGCGCAGCCUUGUGGCGGUGAAUCGGAGGCUUCAGACGCUACGAGAGCCUUGCGACGAUUGGACCAUCAUCGGGGUCGGUCUGCUUGCCAACGCUGAGGUGAGCUUGGAAUACCCGCUGUAA